AUGAGCUCAACUGCUCCCUUGGAGGGGUACAUCAAGCGAGCCUUAGCAGAUCCCGCGGCCACCAUAUUUAGGCCCAGCAUUCACAUGCCACCGCCAUAUUUGAUCAAGGGGAGGAUCAACUACAUCUUGACAUUCCGGGGCUGCUUCAAUCCGCCUCAUCAAGGACACAAGGAAACAUUAUGCCACGCCUUCUUUCGAGGUGGCGAGGGUAUGCACCUGAUAGCCGCCUUCAUCUUCCCCUUGGACGACUAUUCCGUAGCCUCGAAGUACAGACGCGGAAAAUCGGGCUCAAAGGACCUCGUUCUUACCCUUCAACAGCGUAUCGACCUCAUUAACAAUAGUGGUCUCUAUGGUGGCUGGCACUGGUGCCACCCACGUGGUGAGCGAGGCUCUGAAGCAUUCAAAGAUCGACUCAUAUCAGAGGCCGCAGCAGAUGGCUUCAACAUACAGUUUAUCACUUUAAUUGGACCUGAUCACGCUGAUCAAGAAUAUGGGUCCCCCGGAUACUGGGGGCCUACUAUAGUCGUUGGUACCGGGGAUCCAGAACGCACCAGCCUACGCAUGGAGACGGAAACGGGACUACGCAAAUUGACAGCUUACAACGACUGGCGGAUGGAAACACUCGAAGAACUCUUAAUCCAGCAGUUGGGAGCUGGCGGUGACUUGACGUGGCUGGAGCAGAAGUUAUCAAUGCUGUUUCCGCGCGCAAUGGCGAACCUUCCGGUCGACCGCGACGAGCGGCUCCAGAUGAUCAAGGAUCGACUACGCACAGGGCCAUCUACCGAAUGGCUGCGUUAUGUGCCCACACGCUUCUUCGGUAUGACAGGCGGUGUCUGGUUUGUCGGCUACAAAGAGGAACCACUAUCAUCAACACGACUUCGCCGCGCGCUUGCAGCCUCCAAUGAUGGAGAACAGCUCAGCAAGUCCAUCACGGACGUUGCACUCAGCCCGCGGCUGCUAACCCGAUUUGUGAAGGCGCACGCCGCUGCUGCGACCCCUCAACGCAAACGUCCCGCGGAAGAGGACAAAGGAGCUGAGGCGAAACGCGUAGAGCGAGAAGGACAGCAACGCCAGUUCAAGAGGCUAAAGCAAGACUUUGCGCGAAACGAGAAUGCGUAUAGAGCAAACCAAAGGAUUGCCUGGCGGGGUCGAGAGAAGAGCGAUUUCCGUGAUUGGAACCGCUUGGAAUGGCAGGAUCGUAGGGAUGUUUAUAAAGCAGAGCGCACCAUGACUCAGGACUGGAAGACGCUCAAAGAUCCAAUCAGGAAGGAGAACAUCUUGUUCGAGUAUUUGGAGAAGAUGCUUAGAGAGAGCAAAAAGAGUGCGGAUGCGCGUGCUAAGGGGGGUCAAACUGAAGAACCAGUCUUCAAUGAAGAGUACGACUUUAUCGUCGCAGGUGGAGGAACGGCCGGUCUCGUCUUGGCUAAUCGCCUUACUGAGUCUGGACACUUCUCCGUGCUGGUUCUUGAAGCUGGGCCCAGUCCCGAACAGGUUCUAGCAUACGAAUCGCCUGGCGGCAACCAGUUCAUCAAAGGCAGCGUAAUUGACUGGGGUCUGCUUACCACACCACAAGAGCAUCUGAACAACCGCACCCUUCAGUAUCUCCGCGGACGAACUCUUGGUGGCUCGAGCACGACAAACGGUCUCUACUACGCGCGAGGCUCAGCCAGUGUAUACGAUCAUUGGGCCAAGUUGGGUAACCCUGGAUGGAGCUGGAACGAUGUCUACCGCCUUUUCAAGAAGAGUACGAGGUUGAACGCGCCCACCUCGACGGCGGAGCUCUCGGCUUUCAGCCAAGAGUACAAGACGUUCGAUGAAGAUGCUUAUGGCGAUGGGCCGCUUCAGCUAGGUUUCCAGGGAUACGUUCCACCAUCUACCGAAGGUUUUGUUGUUGCUUGCAGCGAAGCGGCCGACAUCCCUGUCGUCGAGGAUCUCAACCUCGGUAACGGCGAAGGUGUCAAGCAUGGAACGACGACCAUGGAUAGCAUGUUGCGAAGGAGCUCCAGCUACGACAGCUUCUAUCAGCAAGCUCGCAACCGAACGAAUCUUAAGGUGCUGCAUGACGCUCCUGUCACCGGUAUCGUUAUGAGUAAGCCAUCUUCGACGAACUCCACGAGCAAGCCACGCGCGAUUGGCGUCAGCUACAUCAACCAAAUCACCGGUUUCGUAAGCCAAGCAAGAGCGCGAAACGAAGUCAUCGUCAGCAUGGGUGCCUUCCACUCGCCUCAGCUCCUCAUGGUCUCAGGUAUCGGUCCCGCCGACGAACUCAAGAAGGUCGGUAUCACGCCUGUCGUCGUCAAUGAAAAUGUUGGCCUUCAUCUCAACGACCACUCAGUCUUCAGUAUCAUGGCGCGUGCGCAGGACAACGCUUCCACUACGGACAUGUCUCGCACGCCUCAGAAUCUGCGCGCUGCUCAAGAGGCAUUCUACCAAAAUCUCACCGGCCAAUACACUGCUCCUUCCGGUGUCACAAACGGCUUCCAAAAGCUCAGCGAGCAGCAAUUACGCGACAUCGGCGCUCAGGCUGUCAUUGAUGCUGGCCUGGCAAACCAGACUCAUAUCGAGUAUCUAUUCGAGAGCGUAUGGUACCCCUGGAUUCCAACACCAUACUGGGCCCCACUAUCGAACGACUCCUACAUCUCAGUCACCGCAUCAAGCAUGGUCCAGCUCUCCCGCGGCACAGUCAGCCUCCGCAGUGCUUCCAUGUCCGACAGCCCCCUCAUCAACAGCAACUACUAUGCCGACCCCACCGACAGCGCCAUUGGUAUCGCUUCAUUCAAGUACCUCCGCGCUAUCCUUCGCCACCCGGCCUUGUCGCGCUUCACUAUCGGCCCGAAUUCUGGCGAAGUCAGCCCUGGUCCGGCUGUUGCUGAUGACGACGACGAAGCUAUCCUCGAGUACAUCAAGGCGAAUACCAUUCCCAACUGGCAUGCUACUGGUACGAACCAGAUGCUUCCGCAGGAAGAUGGUGGUGUUGUGGAUAGUAGGCUGAGGGUGUAUGGUGUUGAUGGGCUGAGAGUUGUUGAUUGCAGUAUUGUACCGGUACUUCCGGAUGCUAACAUCUUGGCGAGUAUCUAUAUGGUGGCUGAGAAGGGUAGUGAGAUGAUUAGGGAAGACUGGGGUGACGCGAUGUAUUAA